AUGCGAUAUCAUAGACCUUUAGAUAUAACCCUAAUCUCCGCUUCGGACUUGAAAGAUGUCAACCUCAUGUCCAAGAUGGACGUCUACGCCGUCGUUUCGAUCUCCGGUGACAACGCCAAGAAGCAGAAGACUCCGGUCGACAAAGACUCCGGUUCCAAUCCCAAGUGGAAUUACACCGUCAAAUUCACCGUCUUCGAAAGCGCCGUACAACAGAACAUGUUAACCCUCAAAAUCAAGCUCGUCUCCGAUAGGAGCUUCGGCGAUAAAGAGAUCGGAGAGGUUCAGCUCCCGAUCAAGGAGCUUCUGGAUAAUUACAAAGACGAGAGUGGCGAGAAGCGCGUGAGUUACAGCGUCCGCUUACCUAACGGAAAAUCCAAAGGUAAUCUCAACUUCGCCUACAAAUUUGGGGAAAAGAUCACGGCUCAAGCUCCAGCUCCAGCUCAGCCGGCUUAUAAGGCUGCGGCUGGAGAGCCUGUCGUGGCUUACCCACCCGGUCACGCCGCCGGGCCCAGUCACGGGUACCCGGCGCCUGGUGGAUACCCACCUGCCGGAGCGUACCCCUAUCCACCACCUGGUGGUUACCCACCUCCUCCUCAAGCUGGUUACGGAUAUCCACCACCACCGGUAGCUGCACCCGGAUAUGGGUACUCACCUUACCCGGUUCAACAACCGGGUUAUGGGUACCCGCCUCAGAAGCCGAAAAGGAACGGCGGAAACAUGGCGCUUGGAUUGGGAGCCGGUUUGCUUGGUGGUUUGUUGGUCGGAGAUAUGAUCUCCGAUGCUUCCGAUAUGGGUGGCUUCGAUGACGGGGGCUUUGAUUUUUAGUUGUUUUUUUUUUCUCUUUCUGGUUUAUUCUUUUUUUUUUUAAAUAUCAGAAAAAGUGUGACUUUGAUGUAAAUGAUGGGAGGUUUUUGAAGUAAUCGAAAGGUUUAAUCGAAUAAAUUACUAUAGAAA